CUCAGCUCUGCUGGAGAUACACAGCAAGUACCUUCCUCCCAACCUGACUGCUUCCUUAUCCAGUGAAGAAGACCACAAAGUUCAACAAUGGCCAUCACUGACAUCCUCUCUGCUAAAGAUAUUGAAUCUGCUCUCUCCAGCUGCCAGGCUGAUGAUUCCUUCAACUACAAGUCUUUCUUCUCCAUGGUUGGUUUAUCCAGCAAAACUCCUGAUCAGAUAAAGAAAGUUUUUGGAAUCCUUGAUCAGGACAAGAGUGGUUUCAUUGAAGAAGAGGAGCUGCAGCUGUUCCUGAAGAAUUUCUCUUCAAAUGCCAGAGCCCUCACCUCAGCAGAGACCAAGGCUUUUCUGGCUGCGGGAGACAGUGAUGGUGAUGGCAAAAUUGGAGUGGAAGAAUUCCAGUCUCUGGUGAAGGCAUAAACAGCAUUAGACCAAAGGCAACCUUGGACUGACUCUGCCAAUUACCUCGUCCAGCAAGCACUUCGCACUCAGCAUGUGUUUGUACAUUUUUAUAUUGUUUCAGGCAUUAACAGUUCCCCACACGUGAAGUUCACACACCUGAUUACUGAGAAACCUUGCAAUGUUUUGGUCACAUGGCAUUGUAACAUUUCCAUUGUAAAGAAGGCACUUUGUGAUUUUCCAUCACUGAUAAUGUUGAUAUUGUGGUUGGGAGAGGGGAGAAAACAAUUAAAAAAUCAACUAAACAAAAAGACCCUUGGGGGAAAAAGCUGCUUUUAAAAAUUUUGUUUAGGUUCUCCAUCCUCAUACUUGAGCAUGCUGACUCACCAGACACAGUUUUGAUUAUCUUAAACCAUAUGAUAUCUUCUCAGACUUAAUUGUACUGAUUUAAUUGAGGUUUAUUUCUGAUUAAUUCUCUGAUACUUGAGGAAAAGCAAUGCUGAAAAGAUAGCUAAAAAUUAUUCAUAUUAUGUCCCAAACCUGCAAAUAUGAGAAAAAAAUUAAGACAUUUAAGAGGAUUUCACACAUAGCUCAAAGCACAGAGUAAGUUUGUGGGUAAUUUUCCAAAAUAUAGUAGUAGAUCACAGCGUAAUUGUAUCACCAGAACGUGUUUAUGGCCUAAAAUGUGACUGUCCCUUAAGAAGAUUUAUCUUUCAUGAAAUCUAAGGCAGCUGUGAGAUAGAGGAGAAGGGUCUAAUCGUACUCUGACACUGUCACAAGUCAUGGUCCCCUGACAACCUGGGCCACAGGCCUGGAGGUUUUUCCAUGGAUCAUGAGCCUGUUGCUUAUUGUCUCUUAACACAUACAAAAUAAUAAUAUUUGCCACAUCUGUGAAUUUCUGUGCUUUCUUCAGAUGAAACUAUAGCCAAUCUUGCUAUCUGAUUACCCUAAAGCUCUUACAUUGUUAAAUAAUGGCCAUUACUCAGGUCUUUCAUUUAUUAUAUGAAUUAUUAUCUAUAUGCUCCAUAAUAUCAGCAGUUUUCUUCAGUCUGAAAACUAGGAACUAGUCUUCCCUUUGAGAAGUGUCUUACAGGAUUUAGAGUUGGUUAUAGCACUGUCUUCACGAAUGGACAAAGUAAAUGAUGUUCAUGGCUAAAUGCAGAUGUCAGCAGGUGGAGUAGAUGUUGUGCAUCUCUGGCUGAGUGUGUCAGAAAUUUCCCCAUCCUGAUUUAGCUGUUUCCUUGCCCAUGUCUCAUGCUGUGGCUCCAGCUCCCAAGCACACUGUUGUUUUAUUACUCUUCACUAAAAGUGAAUGAUAAUUAUGGUUUGGCAGCUGUUUUGAAGAAAAGCAGAAACAAAGCCUUUGGAACUUUUAUGUAACAGCCAGUGUUGGCAUUUCCAUGAAUUGCAAGAUGAUUAUGUGAAGCAAGAACAGCUCCCUCAUUCCCAGGCAUGUAAGAGAGCCGGUCGACCGAUUUAAGAUGGCUAAUGCAAAAAAGGAAUUCUAGCAAUCAGGCUCACUGAAGCCUUGGCAGAAUUAUAAUGAAUAUAAAUCCUAAUUCUAUCCCCACUGCCUUUGAUGUUAAAUCUGGGUUUAAAUUAUAUCUGCUGUUAAUUGCAGCACUGAAAUA